UCGUAUAUCUGGGUAUACCAUAUUAAGAACGAAAUGGCGAAGUUAUCUACGUUCCUGUAUAUUGCCGUUUUGGCCAUGACAUUUUUUGCUUUAGUUAACUGUACUGAAAACGAUAAAGGCGAAACUAAAAAUCAGGACCAGUCCGCUGGUAGUCCAACAAGCUCUGGUAACGCAACAGUCGGCAAUAAUCCCACUGGUAAUCCAACAAGCUCCGGUAACGCAACAGUCGGCAAUAAUCCCACUGGUAAUCCAACAAGCUCCGGUAACGCAACAGUCGGCAAUAAUCCCACUGGUAAUCCAACAAGCUCCGGUAACGCAACAGUUGCUAAUAAUCCCACUGGUAAUUCAACAAGCUCUGAUAACGCAGCAGCUGACCCAUCAGCUAGUGAAGAAGUUGGCAAUGGAUGUGGACGUCGUAGAAGAACAGGAAUAGAAAUUAUUUUAGAUGAGUUAUUUUAUGAAUGGCUUGGACCGAAGGGACAAAUAAAAUGUGGCAAGCCUGGAAGGGGUAGAGGUAAAGGCAGUAGCGAUGAAGAAGAGAAAAAGGCAGAGAAAGAAGGAAAGAAUGAAGGAAAUAAUAAAGGAAAGAAUGGAGGAAAGAAUGAAGGAAAGAAUGAAGGAAAUAAUGAAGGAAAGAAUGAAGGAAAGAAUGAAGGAAAGAAAGGAAAAAAGCGCGAUGACUAAAAGCAGAAAGCUCCGUAGACGCCCAAACCAAAGUCAUAAUGAAUGUCCGACACAGUGCAAUGAAAAGGAGCCCGCCAACGAUAAAAGACGAUUUCUAAGUAUUUUCAAUAUGUAUUUUUUAAAAGAUUAUCUUCAAUCUUUUCACAUUCAAUGUACCUCAAAAUAAUUAUUCUAAUAAAUUGUAAAAUAAGCAGCAUAAAAUAA